AAAGUACAAACGGAAGAUAGGAAAAAUAAAACAAAAAAAUCGACUCAUUCCCACGGCGGAACCCGGCGGCGACUCAUCGGGACUCAGAUGGAAACGGGCGGUUCGCCGUCACCUGGUAGCUGAUGGAUCCAUAACCAACAACUGGGCUUAAAUUCAUAAAAUCGAAUCAAAUUAGGAUUUUCUCAAUCAGGGCUCCUUCAAGUAGUAAUCAGCUACUAAGAGUUUUUUUGUAGAAUGGCUCCCAAACCUGACAUUGGUUGGGAUCAUGCCACACCAGUUAACGGCAGCAGAAAAAUGGCCCAAUGUAUUUACUGUGGGGAAAUCUUACAUGGGAUUAGAAAAUUAAAACAACAUGUUGCUCAUGCACCUGGAACAGUGGGACCCUGUCCAAAAGCUCCUAAAGACGUUUCCCAAAUGCUGAUGAAACAUCUUGCAAAGGGUAGGAGUGCGAGAGUCACAACAUGCACAGGGGGUGGAACAAUUCAUGAUGUUUUUGAAAUGGAAGGAGAUGGGUGCUUGCAAUCUGUUCAUAAUGGAGAUGAGAGUAGUGACACAGAUGAUAAUUAUUCAUGGGCUGACGGAUUGACCGAGCUUGAAAGGCUGCAUCUUAAGCAAGCCAUGGAAGAGAGUCGCCAAACAGCACGUUUGGAGGAAGAGCAAAGGAAAAAAUUUGAUCGCGCAGUUUAUCAAAUUAUGGCACCUUCAACUGGCAAUGAUGGUGCUGGUCCUUCAAGCCACUCAAUUUCCAGAACAAAGCGUGGCCAUUCUUCCAGAAACACAAUGAAGAAGACUCAUGUUGUCGAGAUGCAAAUUGAAGAAUUGGAAAAUGAGUUGGAUUUUCAAAAACAAAAGGUAAAUGAUGUUGAACAAGAAAAUUUGAAGCUAAAAAAGGAUAUGUUGCAUAUGCAAGAAGAACUUAUGCGCCAGACUAAAAUGGAGGAGGAAAAGAAUCCUGGUAUCUGUGAACUAAAAGCCUUGCUGUUUCAAAAGGAAACGGAGAUCAAUGAAUUGAAAGAAAAAUUAGCUGAGAAAGAUGAUGAACUUCGUGACGCGCAAGAUCUAAACCAGACUCUUAUACUCAAGGAACUCAUGAGUAACACUGAACUGCAGGACGCCCGCAAAGAAUUGAUCAAUGUUUGGCCUGAUCUUAUGAGUAGAUCAAAAGUUGGCAUAAGGAGGAUGGGUGAGGUCGAUCAGAUACCCUUUCAAACUGUCUGCUUACGCAGAUUUGGUCGGCAAGAUUGGGAGCUGAAAGCAACAGAACUGAGCUCUCUAUGGCAAGAGAUGGUGAACAAUCCAAACUGGCAUCCUUUUAGAACAAUAAAGAAAGACGGGAAAUUGCAGGAAGUAAUAAACGAGGACGAUAUAACUUUGAAAGAACUGAAAUAUCAAUGGGGCGAUGCACCCUAUAAAGCCGUUAUUGCUGCCCUGCUGGAUUUAAACGAAUACAACCCGAGCGGGAGAUACGUAAUUCCAGAACUGUGGAACUUUAAGGAUGGGAAGAAGGCCACUCUGCAGGAAGCAGUUCAAUGCCUAAUCCAUCAGUUAAGGGCUCUCAAGUCUUCUCCUUACGCUUGUUGAUCAAUCCACAUAUCAUGUGACCUCAAAAGCAUUUCAGCAGAUGUCUAUAUCCAUCACACGGGUUAGAGUUCGAUCUCUCCUCUCUUUUUUUUCCUUCCUUUUUGACUGACUAAAUACAUUUAGCUCACAUGUGAAUGUUUUUGAGGAGUUUUGCCCCAAUUUUCCGGUUAGAAGCCCCAAAGUGUUUGAAGGUUAGGGUC